AACAGACCAAAACUAAAAGAAAUUUGAUAUUCAAUUGCUCAAUUAUUCUAACUAGGUACUGGUCUACCGGACUAAAUGUCCUCAUCUUUCGCGAGACGACUUCAAUCAUCUUGAAGGAGAAGUGCCACUUGGUGGGGUCUUUAGCAACGUAAGUGCAGUUUUACUUAUUGGAAACAGUAGGCUCUGUGGAGGCACUAGGAGUCUGAUAGUCCUUUGUGGCUCCGAUGGCAAUUUGAUCAACGCGUUUUUGCUUCAAGAGAAGCUCCGAUCGAAGUUCACUAUUUACCUAAGAUAAGAAAGGAAAUGACUCCAUCUCGACUUCUUAAGUAACUUUGCAUUAAACCGUCAUCCGAUUCGAUUCAACCAAAAGGUUAAUUCAGUCUGCCUGAGUACUGUGAAGCCCGAGGCCGAAACAAGUAUCAAAGAACUCUUGAUCUCGAGAUUGCGAUUCCUGUGAUUGCUUCAUGCUCAAUACUUGCAGCAUUGUUUUCUGUUUGUUUUUGCUUGGAAGAGAAAAAGUUGGAAAGAAAGCUUCUGCAACGCUUCUACAAAUCGAAGAACAUUUUCCAAUGAUUUCAUAUGCAGAAUUAAGACAUGCUACCAAUGAUAUUUCACCAUCUUAUCUGAUUGGUGAGGGAAGUUAUGGCUCUGUAAAUAAAGGAAUUCUGGAUGGUGAAGAUGGAAUGAUCCAAUCCAAGAUGGGUUCUUGCAGUCUCUCCCUUGCAUGGCCUUUUUCAUCCAAUUUUGAAGGAGAAUUUUUCAGCAGUUGUGAUGUUUUGGUGACUGAAGCUGCUUGGUUUGCUUGAUCUAGGAGAGAGGAGGAAGAGAUGGGUGAAGAAGACGGGGUAUUAUUGUCAGUUCAUUUAAAAUCAAGGAUAUUAUUAGAAAAUGGUGUCCAAAUGGUUUGAAAAUUGUUCAAAUUAAGACCAUUUGAAAAGGAUCAUAUUAUUGUCAAGAUAUUAUCUCGGCUUUUGGGAUCGAAAAACGUCGUUUGUUUGAGCUUCACAAUACAUUAUUCAAGAACCAUAAAUUGUUGACAAAUAUUGUGUGCCAAAAGGGCACAUUAUGUCUUUAAUUUUAUAUUAGACUGACGGUAAUACCCCCUCAAUUAGGGUACUUGCUCUAGUUAUGUCAAUAUUUUAAAUCUUAA